CGCGUGUGCAAAUUACGUCAUACACUGGCAUAAAGACACAUUGAAUCUUGAAUUUGGAUGAAAAGGAAAACUAUUCGUCAAACACACAUAAACGUGCUUUGCGCUACAAAAAUGGCAACUUCCGGUCAACGCAAGCUUCUUAUCGACACCGAUGCCGGUGUUGACGAUGCCCAAGCGAUCCUGAUGGCAUUGAAGAGCCCGGAUGUUGACGUCAUAGGUAUUACGUGCGUGGCCGGAAAUGUUGACGCGAUGCAAGUCGGGAAAAAUGUGUUGAGAGUGUUACAGGUUGUGAAUCGACUUGACAUUCCAGUAUAUAUCGGAUGUAACGAGGCGUUGCUUGGAGACGAAAAAGAAUCGAGUGAUUAUUACCACGGUUCGGACGGUUUGGGCGACGUACCGGAUCCUGAAGCCCCGGAUAAAAGUCUUAUCCAAUCAGAACACGCAGUUAACGCGCUGAUACGACUUUCUAAGAAGUAUAAAGGGAAAGGGAAUAUUACAGUCGCCGCGGAGUUUAAUUUCUAUUUUGAUCCUGAGGCCGCUUACGUUGUCUUGAAUCAACUAAAGGCGCCCAUUACCAUUGUCACGUGGGAGACUUGUAUGGAGCAUUCCAUUCCAUGGGAGUGUUAUUUCAACCUUCGUGACAAAGGCGGGGAUGUUUGCAAAUUUCUUUCGUCAAUCGAAAAGAAGUCAUGUGAAUACGCUCAGAAACAAAAGUGGACAACGUUCAUAUCCGCGGAUGUGUUCAUCAUAUCCUGCUUUCUUUGGCCCGACGUCAUCAAAACCUGCUGUGACGUAUACGCAACUGUGGAACUUAAAGGACAAUACACCACGGGACAAAUGGUCGUGGACUGGCAAAAGCCCUGAAAAGACCCAGCAAUGUACGCGUUGUAACAAAAAUAAACCAAGAUUUAUUUGAAGGAAUGUUAGAAGACCUAUUUAAAGACAAGAACACACAUCAAAAGACAUGAUUGGCCAAUCAUUUGAGGCGUCUCGUCUUUGUUUUUAAUCAGAGAAUUCAUUUUAUCUGAACAUAAUUAGGUAAAGGCUAAUAUUUCUGUUCUUAUAAAAAGUUAGGACAAUCUCACAUUACAGCAGUUGAUACCUAAUAUCUAUUUUUAUAAAGCAAUGGACAGUUAUUGCCUAUGACGAUUUGAUAUGUUAAUAUACAAACAGACUUAAUCAGGGCUUCAAAAAGUUAGAAGUGAUAACUAGUUGGUUGUUACAUAAGUGUGCGUGGGUUUGGUUU